AUGGGUAGCAUAGAAGAGGCGAUAAGCCGAAACAGGAUUCCUCCAAGAGACGCGGACGUAUUGAGACAGGAUGUGGCUGUAACAUUACGUCACGCUAAAGUCCCGCCGAAUAAUAUCACUCCUGCGGAGCGUUUAGCUCUAAGGGAAGUUCGCGCUGAUGAGGACAUUCUUGUAUUGAAGGCAGAUAAGGGCAACGCGACUGUGAUCCUGGAUGUUAACGAAUAUGACGAGAAGAUCAGAGCACUACUCGCUGACGAUACCACAUACAAGCAGGUCAAUUACAAUCCCACGGCAAGAGUAGCUAAUCGAACCAAACGUUUGCUGCAGGAGUGUAAGCCUAUCCUUCCUGAUGACGUAUAUCAGUGCUUGUCUCGUCCUAAAACAACCCAGCCUCCAAGAUUAUAUGGACUGCCUAAGGUGCACAAAACUGGCGUACCGUUGCGGCCGAUCGUGAGUCAAAUCAACACACCUACGUAUGAUCUGGCUAAGCAUGUGGCCCGGGUACUGCAGAAUCUAGUGGGACAUACAUCCUCGUUCGUAAGGGAUUCACGCCAAUUUGUUGACUUUCUUAGUAGGAUGAACGUGGAAAAGGAGGAGGUGAUGGUUAGUUUUGACGUAGAGUCUCUCUUUACCAAUGUACCCGUUCAGGAAUGCUUAGAAGUGGUUAAGAAGAAAUUGCAUGACAACAAUAUCCCGAUGGAGUAUGCUAAACUUGUGGAGCACUGCCUAUUAUCCAGUUAUUUUGUAUACAGGGGGGAAUUCUUUCUGCAGAUUGAUGGAGUAGCUAUGGGUAGUCCCGUAGCUCCUGUGAUUGCCAAUUUGUGGAUGGAACAUUUCGAAGAACGUGCUAUCUCCACCUUCCCAGUUCCAUUGAAGUGUUGGAUAAGAUACGUAGACGAUAUCUUCUGUAUAUACAAAGGAGGGAAACCACAGACAGAUCAAUGUUUACAGCAUCUGAACGCCAUCCACAAAAACAUGCGUUUCACAGCAGAAAUGGAGAUGAGCUUUGGCCUUUUUGGAUGUUAA